GGAUUUAACCUUGUGUCUUGCGUCGCUCACAAGUUACGGAAGGGCAGUUGUGCACACUCGGCGAACACCAAGUCUGAUAUAGGACUUCGGGUGAUUGUCACCAGAAGCGAAACCUCAGUCUAAUUGAUAUCCUGAGAAAUGGAUGAGAACGCAUUACCGCAGCGGCCUAAUGCAAGGCAGCGGAUGCGCGCGCAGCGCGCAGCGGAGGCCGAAGCAGCUACGUCAUCGGACCAGACAACAUGUGCAACCACGACGGCAUGCAGCGGACGCCGGCUGAUCCCCGUUUCAGAACCCAACGCAAUUUGUGUUUCUCCUGACCAAGGCACGGCUAUGGGCGACGCAGCGGAACCUGACUACAUCCCGACAUCGUCAUUAAGAAGCCAGGGAAGGACACCGGACGGGGAUGAGGACGUCCCCAAUCCGCUGCUGCUACCGCUGCAAUACCCACCUGCCGGUCCCGGAGAAGCGGGCAAUGAGGCAGCCGACGGUGGCGGCGGCAACCUGCCGCCAUACCGCUCCGCGGCUGUGGGAACCUACAAGUUUGAGUACCUGGAUCACACCGCGGAUGUUCAGCUGCACGCCUGGGGCAACAACCUGACUGAGGCAUUUGAGAACUGCGCUCUGGCCAUGUUCAACUACAUGUCCCCCCUGGAGCAUGUACGACCUAGGGAAACUAGGUCUUACCGCGCCGAAGGUCACGACCUGCCGUCCCUGCUAUUUUCCUUUUUGGACGAGCUACUGUUCGUCUUUGCCACGGAGCUCUUCCUGGCUGUGGAGGUGCACAUUCAGAGCUUUGACCGCACCAGCUUUGUCAUAGAGGCGGAGGGGGUGGGUGAGGCGUUCAAUCGAGAUAUUCACGAGGUUGGCACUGAGAUCAAGGCCAUCACUUACAGCGCCAUGUCGAUUAAGGAGCGGGAGAAUGAUGCCGAACUGUUUGUGAUUGUAGAUAUCUAAAGACCUCCGAUGUGUAUUAUAAUUGUAGACGAAUAGAAUAGAAAAAAACGAAAGACCAAGUAAUGUAAGCAAGGUUGCCGUGAAGAGUUUGAUUGUUUCGUGUUAGCAAGAUGUUUAGAUUAUGUAAUCAGUGACAUG